GAUGUAAACGAAACCGGAAGUAAGCUGGAGUGACUCCUCUCGUUUCGCUCUUUCCCUUGUUGAAGGCUGUCAGUAUGGUCGUGCUGAGAGGAAUCCCCUCUGUUAUUUCACCUGAGCUGCUGUAUGCUCUGGCUAAAAUGGGCCACGGGGAUGAACUGGUUCUUGCUGAUGCAAACUUUCCAGCAUCUUCCAUUUGUGCUUGUGGUCCUAAAGAGAUAAGAGCUGAUGGUUUGGGAAUCCCACAGCUUUUGGAGGCCAUUUUGAAGCUGUUGCCCUUGGAUACCUACGUCCCUUCUCCGGCUGCAGUCAUGGAUCUGGUGGACAGUGACAAAUGGAGAUGUUUACCUGUCCCUGUGUGGGACACCUACACACAGCUCCUGGGUCAGGCUGGGUCUCAGGCUCCUCUUGAAAAGGUGGAGAGGUUUGAUUUCUAUGAACGUGCCAAGAAAGCCUACGCUGUUGUGGCAACAGGGGAAACAGCUCUGUAUGGUAACCUGAUACUGAAGAAGGGGGUCAUUCCUGCUGAGCUGCUACAAUGACACACACACACGCAUUAAAGUAAUUAAAAUCUAA